AUGUGGUUAAUAUGCAUGGCUGCUUUGUUUGAUAUGUUAUAUUGUUCGGAAGUAGAAGAAAGCAUGGAAAGAAUAUUCGAGAUGCUUCAUGGAGCUUGCGGGUUGGAAACAGAGGAAAUGAGGGGAGUGCUUAAAAGAAUGAGCGAUUUUCGUACAUAUGUGCUGUUUCCCCUUAUCCUUCAUGACGACAAGCUCGUUGUAUCACCAGAUAUGGGAUAUAAAGAUAUAGAAAAGGAAGAAAGAAUAUAUGUUGAAAAGAUUAUCAAGAAGCUUCCAAGUCUAGUGUGGCAAUCCAUGGUAUUUUUGUAUAUACCCGAGCACGAUAAUUGGAUCUUAGGUUUAAUGAACACGGUUUUUGAUACAUCUUCCUCUAGAUUCUCUGAUUCUGUCGGGAUAUACAAAAAGUCUAGAGGGAGGUCUGAGAUGAGAUUGGUGGAUUUAAUGAUGGGAAUGUUUAGAAAUAACGUCAGCAUGAUGGAAAAAUUUGGAAGGGGUCUUGCUCACAAGGCGGAGGUAAAAAUGAAGGAGAUACCAAAUGAAAUAUCCAAAGAAGAAAGGGAGAAGCAGAAAGAAGUAUUAGACAAAAUCAGAGAAUACGGAAAGAGCCUGGGCACUAGGGAAAAGCAGGAACAAAUACUCAAAGCACAGGAAAUAGUUUUUGAUACAUGUAUAUAUCUUUGGAGAAGAGAGGAAGAUAGAAUAAGCUUUGUUCUAAAAGUAUACUUGAGAAGUUUACAAUGUAAAAUGUUGGGACUGAAUAAGGGGGCAUUAGCUGACGAUGUGAAUCAGGAAGUGUCGCUGCUUCAUUCCAUAAGUCAUGAAAUACUGAUAAACACACAUAACGAAUAUGGAAUAGAAGUUACAGCAGAAUUAAUCAAACGUCUAUUCCUAGAAUAUAUGAAUAUUGACGAAGAAUAUGUUAGUAAUGUUGUAGAGGAUGUCAAGAAGAAAAAGGAAGAAGAAAGAAGGGAAGAAGAAGAAGAAAAGAAGAGAAAGGAGGAGGUGGUCCAACGGAACGUAGAAGAGCUAUUGAGGGGCGAGGAGGAAGAGAAAAAGGGAGCGAAAGCAAAAAGAAAGAGUAAAAAGAAGAAAAAAGGAAGCAAGAAACCCGAAGAGAAAGAGAGCGAGGUGGAGGAAGUCUCUGAGAAUAGGGAAGCACAGGAGAUGGAAGAUAGUAGAGAAGCCUGCAGUAAGGAGAGAAAUAAGGAGCAAAAGAAUGAAAGCGGUAGAUGUUAUUAUAAGCUCCACAAAAGGACUCUUUUGUGGAGAGAAGAACCCGAGAAGAUCAAGAAGAAGUGGGAUAGUGGAACUGAAGAGAGGUGGAAAGGGAAGUCGAUUGGGGAGAUCAGGGAGCAGAAGGAAUUGCAUGAUAUAUCUGAAAUUUCACAGCUCCUCAAGAGUCAAGAUGCAAAUAACUUUUUCAUAUGCACAGGAGAGUAUAUGAAAAAUGGCAUAAAAAGAUGGAAAAUGGUAGCAAUUGCUGUACUUGAGACCAGAGACUGGAAGAAGUUGGGAGUGGUAGAGGUUGGUCUUUUCAAAGACAAAGACGAACAGAAUGUUAUUUUCCAUUUAAUGUUCAGACCUACAGAUUUAGGAAGGGCUGGAGCAGUUGUGAGAUCUGCACUUGCGAAAGUAGAUAAUAUGGAGAAGGUAGAUGAUACAGACGACUCGCUAGAUAUAUCUGGAUUUACAUAUCCAAAAAACACACGGUCUGAAGUGGUGAGAGGCUUGAAUGAGUUUAGAGUAGUAUGGCGAAACCCUAAGAACACUGCUGAAGUGAUACGAAGUCUUACUGUUAUGUCUAGACCAGGAGGCAAUUAA